UAUAUAACUAGAACUAAAUGUUCUUUUAACGAUCAACUAGAACCUACAGCUUGGAGCUCAUUCUUUUAUCAAAUGGAGUCGGGAAAAGCGCAGUUAUCAGUCAUCAAUGCAUGGAAGGAACAAAAGAUAACAAAGGUGACGAACAAGACUGAGAAGAAGCUCCUAGAGAUUUCAGCAUGGGAAAAAAAGCAAACAACCAAGAUCGAAUCUCAACUCGCUAAUAACCAGCGGAAGAUGGACAGUAAGAAAAAGGAGAAAGAAGAGAAACUGAGGAGCAAGAAAGCAGCAGUUCAUGCAAAAGCACAAGAGAAGAAGGCAUGGGUUCAAAUCCGACGCACUCAAGAGAUCCUCGAUGCAGAAGACGAAGCUGCUACGUUUCAAGCCACGGGACAGAUUCCCAACAAGUCAUCUUGCAGCUGCUUCUGAUAUCAUCAGCAGUAACCUGUGUUGCAUAUCACCUAUAACUAUCACCUAUACUUGUAUCGUUUUACGUGUGUUUUCAUAUUUGCUUGUGUUGGUCAUGGAACAAAUCAUUGUUCAACUAUCAUGCUACUGACAACACCAAACAUGCUAGAAACCAAAAUCUUAAGGUCUCAAAGACUUAUUAUUGAAGUUGGAAACGCUGCAAACAAGGCGUAAAAGAAUCAAGAAAACAUCCGCUUCUUGAAGACGCAUCACAACACUGACCAGUCUACGACAAUGAUAGGAAAACAUAGUACCAAAGGACUUGUU